CUGACCAGCAGACUCAUUCAUUGUUCUGGAAGUUUGGAAGUGGGUAGCAAUUAUCAGCUUGCGGUAUGCCACGUCUGGUAUCCCACAAGGCCAUGCAUUGACAGGCUUGGCCUCCCAGGAGGUGCUGUAGUCGAGGCAUGCAGGAUACUGGCCUCGCGACAACAGCAACCACACGAGCAAACUUCGCCUCGUCUUUCCAAUUAGGUGCGGUCUCCAUCAAGGCAUACAUGGCCGACUCGACUGAGCUAUUAUGCUGGCAAACUUAGUUCGCAAUGAUAUCUCAAAAUGUAGAUAUCAGCACAUAUGAUCGUGCUUGUGAACGGCGUCCUGGGCCACCGCAGCAUCAUUGGAAAGCACACUGUUCGGCCAUGUUGCUUUGUGGACUGGUAAUCAGAAGCAGGCCCAGGUCUGGCGCGGGCCCUUCUUCCUCUCCCACGCGUUACACUUGGGCAUCCGUGAGCUGCAUUGUCGGCCGGUGCAAGUCCCCUGCUUCUGCUCAGCUUGCUUCUCGCAAUGCUGGAGCCGAAGACGUCUCAGCGCUGAUGUUGCUGCAAGUUCUUCCCUUCAUCUCCCACUCCACCGCUCGUGCAUCGGGCAGCCGUGAGCCUCAACAUGGCCGGCUUAAGCUCUCAGACCUGCUGAUAAGCCUUCUCUCCACUAUGGGUUGGAAGCGCUUGGGCGGACGUCUUCGCAGAGCCUUCCUCUUUCCUCUCACUUCGACGAAUGCGAGCUCCGGCCGCUGCAAGUCAGCACAUGCCCCCGGUAGACGCUCGCUGAUGCUACCACACAUUACUUUGGCGUCGAUUCCAGCGAUCCCGUCACUGCUGUCGGCGAGCCUCAACGCCCGACUGAAGACUGCAUUUUCUCUUCUCUGUUUUUAUCUUUGUGCUGAGACUCGACUCUCUCGCACGUAGACGGCUCGCUCGGAAUGCAUUUAUUUCGACGCGAUGUAAUGAAAUCUCCAUCACAGUUCGACCUGAAUUGGCGAGAGAGUCGCUGGAGUUCCGGAUCUUCUUCUUUGAACAUCCUUUCACGCUUCUCGCUGACGCA